UGCCCCAGAUUUCAUAGCCUAAGUGAUUAAGAAGUCUUCAAGAACCAGAGAGAGAAAGAGAGAUGAAAAUGGGUUUGAAUAACCAAUUUCUUGUAGCUUUUCUUGCUUCAGUACUUGCGUUAGCAUUAUUCUCUGUAAAUCCGGCGGCGGCGCGGGCGGUGGCUGUCGGAACGACAAACACCGAGUUCAUUAAAACAUCUUGCCAGGCAACGACGUACCCUAAUCUGUGUUACAGAUCUCUGUCGAGCCAUGCAAGUGAGAUCGGAGCCGACCCGGAGCUUCUCGCCAAGACGGCGCUGACGGUGACGCUGCAGACCACCAAGUCGACUUCCGCCAAGCUGGCGAAACUGGCGGCGGAGACCUACAACCUGACGCGGCGGGAGGUCGGCGCUAUGCGCGACUGCAUCGAGGAGCUACACGACUCCGUGGACCGCAUCAGACGCUCAAUGGAGGAAAUGAAGGAGCUCUCCGGCCCGGAUUUCGACAUGAAAAUGAGCGACAUAGAGACGUGGGUUAGUGCCGCCCUGACGGACGACGAUACCUGCACCGAAGGGUUCGCCGGAAAAUCCGUCGACGGCAAACUUAAGACCGCCGUGAGGGCGCAGAUUCGGAAGGUUGCGCACUUGACUAGCAACGCUUUAGCUCUAAUCAACAGCUUCGCCGCUCUCCAUAACUAAUUAAGCUUAAUCGUACAUUGUUAAUUUCUCCAAGAAACAUGUUGCAUGUUUGAGUGAUGGAAAAAGGUUGUAUGUCUGUGUAUAA